UUUGUAAAGAUGUUUUAACUUCUACACAUGGGUGAAAGGCACAGAGGAACUAGGGUGAACCUUCAGACAUUUGAUGUUUCACGAUUUCAUUGUCGCACUCACAAUUAUGUCUCUCCUGACGAGAGGGUAGUUCUGUAUCUGGAAGCAUGUAGUUUCGAACAUGUUAUCAAAAUUUCCAACAACACCAUCGAUCCAAAAUUCAUCCUUUCAUUAUUAGAGCGAUGGAGGUCUGAAACCUACACAUUCCAUCUUCCAACAUGUGAGUGUAUAAUAACUCUGGAGGAUGUCUACAUGUUGCUUGGUCUGCCCAUUGAUGGGAAGGCUGUUAAUGGAAGUGUUCAACAUGCGAAUGAGCUAUCUGAGAGGGUGUUGGGCCAUGACAUGAUUGUGACGGACUAGAAGUCGAGGGGUCAAGGUAUCAAUCUUAAUACCCUUAAAGAGUAUUAUAAGGAGAUUGAGUUAGACGAGA